UGAGAUGCGGUUGUAAUGAGAGAAGAAGGAAAGUGAGAAAAGGACACAGAUAUAAGCCAUCACUUUUCCUCGAUGGAGGAAAGAGAGCAGCAGCUCCCAAUCACUACCAACUCUUCCACCCCGAGGCAAACACCAACGACGGGCCUCAAUAUAGUUGCCACUAGCAAAGUUCUCGCCUGGCUCUCCAACCUGACCAGAUUCCAUGCCGGAUACUUCCGCAUUAGCCUCUCCCUCUGCGGCCAGGCCCUGCUAUGGAAGACUCUCAGCGAGCCCACCACCGACGCCCACGCCCUCCGCCCUGUCAUACACACGCUUCCCUCGGCCGCCUUCUUCUUCCUCUGGUCCCUCGCUCUUUUCUCUCUCGUGGCUCUCUGCCUCCUUUACGCCGUUCGCUGCCUCUUUCGGUUCGAAAGCAUCAAGGCCGAGCUCUCCCACCAUGUGGGCAUGAACUACCUCUUUGCUCCAUGGAUCUCAUGGCUCCUCCUCCUCGAGUCCACCCCCUUCCUCCACCCUAAGACCGCCAGCUAUCUGGUCCUCUGGUGGGUGUUCUCGGUCCCCAUAUUCGUGCUCGACGUCAAGAUCUACGGGCAGUGGUUUACCAAGGGGAGGAAGUUGCUGUCGAUGGCGGCGAAUCCCACGAGCCAGAUUUCGGUGAUCGGGAACCUGGUAGGGGCGAGGGCGGCGGCGAGGAUGGGGUGGCGGGAGAGCGCCUUGUGCAUGUUUUCACUUGGGAUGGCGCACUACCUCGUGCUCUUCGUCACCUUGUACCAGAGGUUCGUGGGGAGCAAUAGCCUCCCGGCGAUGCUCCGCCCGGUAUUCUUCCUCUUCUUCGCGGCGCCCGGCAUGGCCAGCUUGGCCUGGGAUUCCAUUUCUGGCACCUUCGACAAUGCCUCCAAGAUGCUCUUCUUCCUCUCCCUCUUCCUCUUCGCUUCCUUGGUGUCGAGGCCAGCACUGUUCAGGAGAUCCAUGAGGCGGUUCAACGUUGCAUGGUGGGCGUACUCCUUCCCGCUGACCGUGCUGGCCCUGGCGGCCACUGAAUAUGCCCAGGAGGUGAAGGGGUUCAUCUCUGACGCCCUCAUGCUCGUCCUCUCCGUUCUCUCCGCGCUUGUCACCCUCGCCCUCUUGGUCUUCACAUUCCUCAAAACCCGCGAUCUCUUGCCCCAUGACGAUCCCUUCGCACCAUCGUCCUCCAUGUCGACUGCCUUCGUAAUGCCUACACUGCAAACAUAGCCAUGCACUACAGCUAAUUUAUGGACAUGAUCAGUGAUAGACUUGUUCCAUGUGUAAUCUUGAA